CCAGGUGCCAGCUCUCAUCUGCUUUGCUGCUAACUUAGAAUUUAGUUUGAAGACCCCAAAAUGGCAGUUUUUUCUUACCAGCAACAGCAUCCUGCUUCUGUUGUUGACGAGUUUCAGCUCGAUUCAAACACCAAUAUCGCAAGCGGAACCUUGUUUUCUCCAAAUCUUCCAUAUGAAUGUCUCCAGGAGAGCUCUUUGCAUGCUGAAAGAAUCCUUGAAACUAUCCAUGCUGAUGACAACAGCAUUGCGAAAGUCCCUUUCAUAAGCACUACAUACCACUCUUCAACGACUGCAAGGCAUAAUUCAAGUUCGUCCAUGGUGGCUGAUCUUCAGUACUGCGAAGAAAAUCGAGUUAGUCAGGCGAUGACCCCAACACUGUGGCAAUUGAGAAAGCACUCGUCGCCAGCCAUAAAGGUAAAAAGAGAAAGCAAAAGGCAGAAACUAAACCUAAACAGUUCUGUCUCAAGAAAUGCAAAGAGGGUAAGGCCAGCAAAAAAACAGAAGAAAGUUCCUGUUGAGCCUCCAACAGGCUACGUUCACGUCAGGGCAAGAAGGGGUGAAGCAACAGACAGUCAUAGCCUUGCUGAAAGGGUGAGAAGAGAGAAAAUCAGUUCAAGGAUGAAGCUUCUGCAAUCUCUUGUUCCUGGAUGUGAUAAGAUAACCGGCAAGGCUCUCGUACUGGAUGAGAUAAUCAGCUACGUUCAGUUUCUAAAAGAUCGAGUGCAGUCUUUUGAAGCACAACUUGAUUUGCUUAAUGGAGCGUUCAUUGAUGAAUUUGAAGUGAACUUCAAUAGGGAGACACGAGAAUGGCAGGAGCUAUUUAUCUCGGAACUUCAAUUGCCGUCUAUUCUAGAAUCUGGAUCCUCCCUGCUCCCUUCUCUCGUUGAGAAAACAGAUGCACCCGCUUCAUUGUUACAGCCACACCUCAAGAACUACUAAUGAGCAUUAUCAAAGCAGAACUCAAAUGCAAGGCAAAACAUCAUAAAAUUAUGUUCCCAAUUCUGAUAAUCCCACUUUUGAGGAAUCUAGAACUCCAAAGUGUUGGAAUUAAUUUUAAAGUUUGUAUUCAAAGUGUCUUUUUAAUUUUUCUAAAUAUCUUCUAGAUAUAUAUGUAACUAUUAAAAAUGUAUUUAUUUUUCAAA